AUGGCGCACAACCAGCACCAAUAUGCAAGAAAAAAACUGUGUAUAGUGUAAAUUUGUGUUGCAGAACAUGCAACAGAGUUACACCUGUCAUGCCAGACAGCCACGAAGUCCUCUUUUCGUAUGUGUUUUUGAUUACAAGCCACGCAUGACAGGUUUUCUCUGUCAUGUAGAGUAAAUUUGUGAUGCUGUUCCACAAAGAAAGUUACACUUACACACUUUUUUUCCUGGAUAACCAAUCCGCACGGUUUAACAAGAGCGGAGGGGGUUACGGGGCCGGCAAAUGCAAUUUGUCGGAAAUCGAUCAUCUGGCGUUGAAAGGAGGCUACACCGGCCCGCUGAAAGGACCUGCGUUGCAGAACAAUAUGAAGGGAAAUAAACCGGCGCAAGACGAAUUCGGCUUGAUGUACAGUCAGGGCGUGUUCGGCGGAAAGGACGGUGGUUGUAAGGAUGGACCUUAUUACGGAGCGAAUAUUCCAACAUCCUGCAAAGACAACUACAACUCUUACGGUGGCAAAGGUAGUAGUUGUGCUGGCCCCAUGAUCAUGCCGUGGGGCAAGCAGCAGGAAAAGGGGGUGUGUUAUGGUCCGAACAAAAACGACGGCGGGGGAUUAUACGGACAUGUGAAGGGUACAAGUUAAAUCGCCUGUUUCACGUCCUGAUACUACUUGCAUGGAAAUGAUUCUUCAGUAUCUAUGACUAUUCUUCGCAUAAACAGAUUCGGUUGUUAGUAUCACCAUCAUUCAUGAAACGAAAAGGUAAAGGAGCAACAGGCAAGUCGCCGCAGCAUCAGAAAGGCAAAGGCUUUAUUUUAUCUGGUGAGACAGGGUUGAGAUUAAACCCUGGCCAGAUGUUUUAUUAAGAUUGUCCGGUGAGACGGGGUUGAAAUUAAACCCCGGCUGGCCGUGUUAUUGCGAGCCCUGACCCAUUUCGGUCAGAGAUUCUGGCGGCGCUUUGUCUGGUGAUGUCUAGGGUUCCUGGUCACGGUCUUUGACCUGGUUCUGGACGAGCUGUCUCUCUUUACAUUUGGUUUCAUCUCGCGGUCAAUCUCAAUGGCCUUGGUUGUUUUUAUCCUGACCUUUCUCGGCUGUUUGGCACUGGCGGUAAACGGGCUCCGAGCCCAAUCCGUUACCCUUGCAGAGGGGGAGACUGGGAUAAGAAAAGCCGGGGGCUUGUUGUAUUCAGCUGGGUUUAUUGAGCUCCCACAGGGCUUUUUGUAUCUGGCCUUUGCCAAUUUUACGUUGCGAGAAAGGUCACGGAUAAAACGACCAAGGUCGGCGCUAUUUGGCGUCUUUGGCGCCAUUGAUUGCGCACUGUUUGGAGGCUGCUACGGGUUUAAAUGAUAUCGCCUGCCUUGCAGGCUAUUAAGGAAGACUUCCGGUCCCGCAUUACGUUGCUCACUGUGUUUUUUGGCUGGAACUUAUAAAUAUUGCUUUCCCGCCUUCCAGGGCUGCGCGGCCUUUUCGAUGGGGCGUGUUGUCCCCCAAAUUCAUCGCUGGGUCGCUCCGCUUCCUGCGGGUUCUUUGGGGUUGCUUCGGCGCGUGGCUCCUUCGGCGGUGGCGGGGUGCCCCAUCGCGGGCGCUCAUGCCCUUCCGGUGAAGACGGCUUCCCACUGGAAGCGGUGCCCCAUCGCGGGCGCUCAUGCCCUUCCGGUGAAGACGGCUUCCCACUGGAAGCCUACGAUCAUCCAAAGGAUGAUCUAUCUCUGGCUGAUUCUGUAUAAAAUGAAAAGGUAAAGGAGCAACAGGCAAGUCGCCGCAGCAUCAGAAAGGAGCAACAGGCAAGUCGCGGCAUUGUGCCUUGAGCCGAAGUCGUCCAGUGGUACUAGAGUGCGGCUCACUAAACCUCGGAGCCACGACUUCGCUCUGGGCUCAAUAUACAACGCAUCCGACCUGCUGACGCCCAUGGGCGUGCUGCAUGAUAUUGACGCGGACCUAUGACUGUGGCAAAGACGCGAAGUCUGCGUCGCGACAUUUAUGGCUCAUUGCACAGCGCCAUGACUUCACACCCCCGGCCCCUUUUCACCCUUCGCGCGAAGAGUGAAAAGGGCAUGGGGGCACCAGGAGGUCGUGGCGCUGUACCUUGAGCCAAAGUCGUUCAGUGCUAGGGUUCAGGUCACUGCGCCUGAGAGCCACAGGUCUCAAUAUGCGGCGCGUCGUCCGAGCUCAGGCGGAUCCAAGUGGCAGCGCCACGAAGUGGCAGUGCAUUCCUGUCCCCAGCCCCUUUUCUCCGUUUGCGCGCAAGCAAAGUCGGGGAAACGGACGGGGGUGGGGGAGUCGCAGCCGUGUGAGUGAGGGUGGGGUUGGGGUGGGGUGGGUGGGCAGGGUGUUUCGAGCGGUUGCCAGCGGUGUCUCGCUACAGUAGCUACUGCAUAAAUAAAAUCCGCCCCCGCAACGCUAGCUACUUUGCAGGAGCCUGAGGCCCACCCAGGCUUUCGAUUAUAGGCACUGCGGGUGGAGCCGGAGCGGCUCUGCUUGCAAAACUAACAUCUGGCGCAGCCCGCGCCCGGAUAGCAGCCGCGGGACAUAAUCUACCCCCGGUCACGGUCCGGCCGGCCGGCCGGCCGGGUGGACGUGACCUCCCCGGUCACGUCGAGCUUCUCUGUUAGUCUGUUCAAAAAUUGAAAAGGUAAAGGAGCAACGGGCAAGUCGCCGCAGCAUCAGAAAGGCAAGGGCAGCGUGCCGGAAAACAUCACCAAGGGGCACAAGAACACCAGUUCUGCGCAGUUGAUGAGCAACGUCGACCAGGCAACGUACACUUCGAACAAGCCAACCGCUCAUCUCGAUGAGGCUGAGUCCAACUGGUUGAUGAAGCAGCAGGCAGCGGCCGGAGGAAAAGUGCUGAAGCAGAAAUUACCAGCACCGCAGUUUGUUGCACCGAAUACUGUUGUAGCCACUGCGUCUGCGUCUACAACGACCGCGGGAAAAACUUCUGCUUCUGCAUCCGGAGUAGAGGAAGGUAGCGUCUCUGCUGCGCCGGUGGAUGAUUCCUCUUCGCUGCAUGAGCUGGCCAGCCCGCCAUUGGUAUUAAAGCAGACCUACCAAAUGUAA